AGAGAGAAGCAGAAGAAGAAGGCUGUGGGCAGCAAUGGAAAUUGAGGGUAAGAAAGAGCAGCCGAAGCUGAACAAGUAUGCACUUGGAUGUGCUAUAGUAGCUUCAUUGAUCUCCAUUAUAUUUGGUUACGGUGCGUCUCUCUCUCUCUCUCUUUCUUUCUCUUUAAAAAAAAUGGCAGAAUCCAAAGCUUCUAAUAAUGCAGCUUAUGGACCACCGGAGGUGUUUCAGUCUCCGGGAAAACGCCCUAGAAACAAAUAUGCUCUCGGUUGUGCUACCUUGGCGUCCAUGACUUCAGUUCUACUGGGCUAUGAUAUUGGAGUGAUGAGUGGAGCAGCACUUUUCAUCAAAGACGAUCUGAAAGUUACCGAUACACAAAUUGAAAUCCUACUUGGAAUUAUCAAUAUCUACUCUCUUAUUGGUUCAGCAGCAGCUGGAAGAACAUCAGAUUGGAUCGGACGUCGGUACACCAUCGUCUUCGCCGCCGUAAUCUUCUUCGUAGGUGCUCUUUUAAUGGGUUUCGCCACCAAUUACGCUUUCCUUAUGGUCGGAAGGUUCGUUGCUGGUGUCGGCAUUGGUUAUGCUCUCAUGAUCGCCCCUGUUUAUACGGCCGAAGUUGCCCCAGCUUCGUGUCGAGGAUUCUUAACUUCCUUCCCUGAAGUCUUCAUUAACGCCGGAAUUUUGCUGGGUUACGUUUCCAAUUUCGCGUUCGCUGGGCUUUCACUCCACCUAGGAUGGCGUCUCAUGCUCGGAGUCGGAGCGAUUCCAUCGAUAUUCUUAGGGCUUGGUGUUCUCGCCAUGCCCGAGUCACCGCGUUGGCUCGUUAUGCAGGGUCGACUCGGAGAUGCCAUCAAAGUUCUUGACAAAACAUCCGAUUCCAAAGAGGAGGCUCAGUUGAGACUCGCCGACAUCAAGGAAGCCGCACGGAUUCCGCCGGAGUGUAACGAAGACGUCGUGGCGGUACCGAAACAGAGUCACGGUGAAGGUGUAUGGAAAGAGCUCUUCCUUCACCCUACACCAGCAGUGCGACGUGUCGUAAUCGCAGGCAUUGGAAUUCAUUUCUUCCAACAAGCUUCGGGGAUUGAUGCUGUGGUGUUGUAUAGUCCACGGAUCUUCGAGAAGGCCGGGAUCCACGACAAGAACAAGAAGCUUGGAGCGACUGUAGCCGUUGGAUUCGUGAAGACGAUCUUCAUCUUGGUCUCUACCUUUUUCGUAGACAAGGUUGGACGGCGACCGUUGCUGCUAAGCAGCGUAGCAGGCAUGAUCCUAUCAUUAGGGUUUCUCGGAUUCGGGUUAACGAUGGUGGAUAUCCACCCGAAUGACAAGCUGGUGUGGGCCAUAGCGAUAUGCAUACUGAUGGUGUUGGCUUACGUGGCGUUCUUCUCGAUAGGGAUGGGGCCCAUCACGUGGGUAUAUAGCUCUGAGGUUUUUCCGUUGAGGCUGAGAGCACAAGGUUGCAGCGUCGCCGUGGCGGUGAACCGUGUCACGAGUGGUGUGAUAUCUAUGACAUUCUUAUCUCUGUCCAAGGCCAUCACAAUCGGCGGCGCUUUCUUCCUAUUUGCCGGAAUAGCUUUGGUAGCAUGGCUCUUCUUCUUUACAUUCUUGCCGGAGACACAAGGGAAGAAUCUAGAAGAUAUGGAUGCUCUGUUUGGCAAGUUUCAUUGGAAAGAGUCCCUCCACAAGAAGGGCAACAAUGGAAGCAAAGAAACCACCUCUAAUGGAGAUGUCCAGUUAGGUAAUAAGGCUUAGUUAAUUAGUUUUUAAUACUUAAAUCUUCUUUGGUAAUACAAGAAGUUAAAAUA